AUGGGUAAGUCCGGAUACAAGUCCAGAUGGAGCAAGCCCGGCUUCUGUGGGGACGCAAAAAAGAAACCGAACAAGCUUUACGUCGUGAUCGUGAUGGAUGAACCCAACUCCCCAAUAGUCUGGAACGAAAAGUAUGGGAUCUUCAGUAGAGGCAAAGGCCGAACUCUUUCCUUCUACCCAAGGCUAGAGAAAACCCGGAGCAUUCUAGAGUCAAGCGUCCGUGACUUCAUUUAUCGCAAGAACGCGCCUAGAGGACCGAGACUUGUUUCAGGGUAUAGCAAGAGAACCAUUGCUGUUGCGGACGCAGAAGGUCGAAAGACAGACCUUAAAGUGCGCGAUGUUUGGAUCGCAGAAGUUGACGCUCGAAAGUUUCAUAAGAGGGCACAGUACGAGAACUUGCGUAGUCUAGCGGGCCGACUUGGUAUUUGGUUUCCACAUCGAGAAGAUUGGGUCAAAUCCGAGUUCGAAUACGUCAUCCAGUCUCACAUCCCACGUUGUGCAGUGCAAAGCCUUGACCCUAUCUAA